AUGACGUCGUCGAACGCUUUCUAUCUAGCCAAUCUUCAUUUUGUCAACCGGGCCGGUAUUGGACAAUACUCUUCCUGGCGAUGAACACACCCUCUUGCAAACAAAGAAGUACUUAGUCAACGGGGCCGUUACGGCCCGUUUUCAUGUGCUUAAAAGUCUGCUCCUGUAUACUGCAUAGAACUCAUUGAUCAUGAAUCUUCUGUGGGCUCUCGGAACUGCGGUUGUUACUUGCAGUGCCAUUCUCUACCUUGAGCAUGUUUUCCGACGCAGGCAACUGUCAAAGCAGACGUGCGUGCUAGACGUCGAUCCUCUGGGACUUAGGCUACCCCGCGAGAAGAUCAAAGGAACGGCUGUUAUUUGUGGGGGAAGCAUCGGCGGCCUCAUCGCAGCUCGAGUAUGCCAUGACCACUUCGACGACGUUAUCAUCGUGGAACCAGAGGCAUGGUUGAAUUCUCCAGAUGCAACGCGAGUGGACCCAUGGAACCAAGAAAGCAAACGCUCCCGAGUGAUGCAGUACAACUCGUUGCACCUUAUCCUACCCCUGGGAUACAAAGCGUUAUCUAAGCUCUUCCCCAAGAUCGAAGAACAAAGCGAAGCAUCUGGCAUAAGGUUAGGUCCCAGUUACACUCAAUUCCACGUGUGGGGAAACGCUGCCUGUUUACCAUUCGCGGAAUACGGCGGCACCCUUCCCAAGACAAUCUACGCCGGUCGUGCCGGUACGGAAACAUUCCUGCGUCGUCUGGUCCUCGGUGGGGACUACAAGAAUAUUCGUCAAGUCAUCGGGACAGUCACAGGUGUCUCACGAAGCGCUAAUAGCCCCGAGUACAUCGACAAGGUCACGAUCCGUACACCUCAAGGCACAAAGGACAUCCCUGCUACUCUCGUUAUAGAUUGUACAGGACCUGCACAGGCAGGUCUAAAGUGGCUCCGUCGCGAGGGAUACGGAUUUGCUGAUAGAUACAGCUCCAAUCAACUACCCCUCGACGAGCUGAAGAUUGCUUACGACCAAAAGCUCCACUAUUCUACGCUCCAAUUUCACGUCCCACCGGAACUCGGAAGGAAGAUACCUGGUCUCCCAUUCCCGUAUGAUGAAUGCGGGGUAAUAUAUGCCGUCGCGCCGGACCCUAAGAAGGAGAAUCGUUGUGUCUAUUCUCAGCGUGUAGAUGGAGACAUCAUGCAAAUUUGCUUCACUGCAAUGGGUGACUGCGAGCUUCCAAAGACUCUCGAAGAAGCCAAAGCUGGCGCCCGGUCUCUGAUCACGGAGAAGCCUAUUCCUGAGACGUUCUUCACGAUGCUCGACAUGCUCGACGAGGUAAAAGACACCAUGACUUGCAGCCAAGUUCGCUAUCCCGGCUCUAGCUAUGUUAGAUAUGAGCGUGCCGUCAACUUGCCGUCGAAUUUUGUUGCUAUGGGUGAUAGCGUCAUGAGAGUAAACCCCGUUUACGGACAAGGAUGCUCAAAGGCCAUCUUCGGUGUUGUCUGUCUCCACAAUUUACUCAUGAACUCGACGGCGAUACCCAGAGAUUUCUCAAAGAAGUAUUUCAGUAUUCACGCGGAAAAGAUCAAACCACUUUGGACGUCUCUCAAAGCCAGCGACUAUUCGUUCUCGACGACAAUUCCGCUUCCCGGAGAGACGUUAUCAAAAGGCUCGUGGCUGCGAUGGUACAUGAAGAAACUGACCAUCGUAGCAUUUACCGAUGAACAAGCGGGUUCAGUGCUCUGGCACGUCAGGUCGCUCCUUGCGCCGCCUUCUGACGCUUUCCAGUUGGGGCUUGUGCUCAAAGUGUGCUGGAAUCUUAUCAAAGGCUAGGUAUUCGGACGCUAGAGCAAAUGAUUAGUAGAAUGUUUCUGGGUUAAUAAUAAAGUCUGUGGACACUGUUGCCGGCCUGCCGCAUGACGAGGGAUUGGCGUGCUGAGUUUUCAAUGCUUCCGCGUGCUCUAAGUAUCAUUGUCGUAACUCUUCCCACCAAAGAUAAGCCUACAAUCCUAUUGAGAGAUUACUGUUAUAUACAACUAUGAGUGUACAAUUCGAGUAGCAAUGUAUAGCGAGUCCAUAUAGUCAUAGCAUGUGCGUAGUCCAAAUUCCGAGAUAUUCAUGAUGUGAAACGAAAUAGUCCAAAAGAAUUUACCGCGUCAACACAAACCCA